CAACUUCCGACUUCCGGUUGGGCAGCCAUCUCGCCGUGAGACAGCAGUGGUAUCGGCGAUGUCGUCUUGUGCAACCGUGUCUUGGGGUCCCGGCCGAAACCCGGUGAUGGAGCCGCACAGCGCCGGUCCCGUGCAGCUGCGCUUCUCGCCUUACGCUUUCAACGGAGGUACGAUAUUGGCAAUUGCUGGAGAAGAUUUUUCAAUUGUUGCUUCUGAUACUCGAUUGAGUGAAGGCUUUUCCAUCCACAGCCGAGACAGCCCCAAAUGUUACAAAUUAACAGAUAAAACGGUCAUUGGAUGCAGUGGUUUCCAUGGAGACUGUCUUACCCUGACGAAGAUUAUCGAAGCAAGACUAAAGAUGUACAAGCACUCCAACAACAAGGCCAUGACCACGGGGGCCAUCGCCGCGAUGCUGUCCACGAUCCUCUACUCACGGCGCUUCUUUCCCUACUACGUCUACAACAUCAUCGGGGGUCUGGAUGAGGAAGGGAAGGGGGCCGUGUACAGCUUCGACCCGGUGGGGUCCUACCAGAGGGACUCCUUCAAGGCUGGAGGGUCAGCGAGUGCCAUGCUGCAGCCCCUGCUCGACAACCAGGUUGGCUUCAAGAACAUGCAGAACGUGGAGCACGUCCCUCUGACCUUGGACAGAGCCAUGCGGCUCGUGAAGGACGUCUUCAUCUCUGCUGCUGAGAGGGACGUGUACACCGGGGACACGCUCAAGGUCUGCAUCGUGACCAAGGACGGCAUCCGGGAGGAGACCGUGCCCCUGAGGAGGGACUGAGACCCGAGCCGUGGCACUGCCGCCUGUGUCCCGAAGCCACCGGGCCUGUUGUUGCAGCUCGGCUUUUCUCAGCAGGCAGGGCCAGGAAGUUGAAGUUCUUUCUCCUUUCACUUCCCUCAUCCUUCCCACGGUUUUCUAUCUUUCAGACCAUUUUUGCAUUUUUAAGAAUGAAAAAACCCUAACAGCCCAUGUUUAUUUUUCUGUGUGUUUAUGAGCAGGAAACUGAACUGAAAAAGCUUCCUUUUCAGUCAGUGCAGAUGGCCUGUCUCCGAAGAGGGCGCUCGUGCCGUCCAGUCUGACCUGCAGUCUGUCUGGGUUGUGUUAAGUCACUAAAUGGACAUGAAUAAAAGAAGUUUUGCCCUGA